AUGACAUGUGAUGGGAACCAAAGGGAGAAAAUUGAAUCAAAGACACCAAAAAAAAUAUUUAAAAACAAAACAUUCAAAGAAAGAGACAUUCUAGUUAGUACACAUCUUUACCAUCAUCGUUUUUCAGAUAACUCACCACACGAAACGUUUCAAUUUACACUUUCGAUUCGAUUCAUUUCAUUCUUGCAUAUCUAUCUAUCUAUCUAUCUUUAUAACACACAACAUAGAAUGAGUUUAAAGAUAUAUUGGGAAAGAAUAACAAAUAAACAUUCGAUAGCAGCAAAAGAUGCGUUGAAUGUAUUGUUCUCAAAGAUAGCUAAACCAGAUAUCAUCGGUCGAUUCGAGAUUGUCAAGCUGUCAUUGGGAUCAAAGGCACCAGAGUUUCAAAUCAUAUCGAUAUCUGAUCCCGAUCCAAACAUUCUCGUACCAAUGUCAAAUAAUAGUAUAGAAGCAAGAGUCAAGUUUUCAUAUGAUGGUGAUGCAUUCUUUCAACUAGAAGUUGAAUUACUAGUCAAUGCUCCUACACCAAAGUUUAUAGUAUUCCCUAUAUCUGUUAAAGUUUCAAGUCCUCAUUUAAAUGCAAUCGCAUCUGUAAUAUAUGAUGAAGAUAAUGUAUGUUUUUGUUUAAUACCAGAGGAUGGAGAUCCUUUAAAGGAUUUGGAAGUGGAAGCUAUGGUUGGUGAUGCUGAACAACAUGUUUUAAUGGAUUUGGAUAAAUUGAUUUCAUUUGUCAAAGAAGAACUACGUGAAAUCAUUCAACAAUAUUUGGUUUAUCCAAAUAGAAUCACUGUUCCUAUUAAAAUGGAUUAG